GCACAGAACACACAGAUCAGACUCUCUCACUGGGUCUCUCUGGACUAAGCAUUAAUGGACGAUACUGGCUGAAACAGGCUUAUGAUUUAACACCCAAUAUUUUCGGAAACAAUUGGCAGACAUUCCCUGAGGGAGAAUCGGCGGCAUUUCUACAUUACCAUGGGAACUGCAAAUGCAGAAAGGCUCCGGGACUGCAAAGGGCGAGCCCUGUUCUGCAUGAUACUGGUUACCGUUUGGGAAGCAGUUUCUGGGCAGAUUCGCUAUUUUAUUCCGGAGGAAAUGGAAAGAGGGUCUUUUGUGGGGAACAUCGCAAAGGACCUGGGGCUGAAUGUAGGGCAGCUCUCAGACCGCGGAGUCCGUAUCGUUUCCGGAGGUAAGACUCAGUACUUUGCUUUAGAUUUCAAGACCGGCCAUUUAUACAUCACCGAGAGAAUAGACAGAGAGCAGAUCUGUGGCCGAGUGGAGAAGUGUUUGUUAAACUGUGAGGUUAUAGUGGAGGAUAAAAUGAAACUUUUUCCGGUCGAAGUUGAAAUCACAGAUAUUAAUGAUAAUGCUCCCAGCUUCCGGUCAGAAGAAUUCGAUUUAAAAAUCAGUGAAACAACAGCGCCAGGAUCACGGUUUUCUGUGCGUCAGGCAGAGGAUCCGGAUAUGGGACUAAAUUCCAUCCAGAGCUACCAACUCAACAGUAACACUCAUUUCUUACUGGAUGUAGAAACGCGAUCGGGUGGAGUAAAAUACGCCGAACUGGUGCUGGAAAAGUCUCUAGACCGGGAAGAACAAGCCGUUCACAAUCUAAUCCUCACAGCCACUGACGGGGGAGAUCCAGUCAGAUCCGGCACUACGCAAAUCCGCGUUAUUGUUCUCGAUUCUAAUGACAAUGCCCCAGUUUUUAGCCAGCCUGUCUACAAAGUGAGCGUUUGGGAAAAUGUGCCUGAAGGUUCCAUGGUUGUUACAGUAAAAGCCACUGACCUGGAUGAAGGAGUCAACAAAGAGGUGAAAUACUCUUUCCAAAAAAUCACAGACAAAGCUCCCCAAAUGUUCCACUUGGACCCAAAAACGGGUGAAAUAACAGUCGUGGGGAAACUGGACUUUGAGGAAGCUGCAUUGUAUGAAGCUGAGGUGCAAGCGCAUGACGUGGGAGGUCUUUUCGACAAAUCGAAAAUUGUAAUCCUUGUUAGUGAUGUGAAUGACAACGCCCCGGAAAUCGCUCUCAGGUCUUUCAUUAGCUCGAUCCCCGAGGACUCUCCCCCCGGGACUGUGAUCGCCCUUUUAAAUGUGCAAGAUGCAGACUCAGGCGACAACGGGGAGGUCACGUGCUCCGUAGCCAGCAACCUGCCCUUCCAGCUGAUGAAACCCUUCGAUAAUUAUUACAGUCUGGUGACAGACCGAGCCCUGGACAGAGAGCAGGUGGCAGCAUACAACAUCACAGUGACCGCCACGGACAAUGGGACUCCUCCUCUUUCUACAGCCACCACGAUCCCGCUCCGGAUUUUAGACACGAAUGACAACGCCCCCCUCUUCGAUGAAAUAUCCUACACCGCCUACGUCACUGAGAAUAACCCGAGAGGAGCCUCCGUUUUCUCCCUGAAGGCUAAUGAUCCCGAUGAAGGGGAGAACGCCAGAGUCACCUACUCUGUUACCGAAGGUCAGAUCCAAGAAGCUCCGCUCUCCUCCUCCAUCUCCAUUAACUCUGAGACUGGGGCUCUCUACGCUCUGCGCUCCUUCGAUUACGAACAGUUCCGGGAGAUUCGGUUCCAAGUCCAGGCUCAGGAUGGGGGGUCCCCACCUCUCAGCAGUAAUGUCUCCGUCACACUCUUUCUACUGGAUCAAAAUGACAACAGCCCGCACAUCUUACACCCCUCCUUUCCCACCGAUGGCUCCACGGGAGUGGAGUUGGCCCCUCGCUCCUCCGAGCCGGGUUACCUGGUCACUAAGGUGGUGGCGGUGGAUGCAGACUCCGGGCAGAACGCCUGGCUCUCCUACCAGCUGCUGAAGGCUACAGAGCCGGGGCUCUUCUCUGUGGGACUCCACAGCGGCGAGAUCAGGACGGCGCGCUCCUUUCUCGACAAAGAUGCGCUCAAGCAAAGUCUGGUGGUUUUAGUGAAGGACAACGGGCAGCCCCCUCUCUCUGCCACGGCCACUGUCACGGUGGUGGUGGCUGACAGCAUCCCCGAAAUCCUCUCCGAUUUAAGCAGCCUCUCAGCUCCUGUAGACCCCGAGUCCAGCCUCACCUUGUAUUUGGUGAUCGCUGUGGCUUCCGUUUCCUGCUUGUUCUUGACCUUUCUCAUAGUGUUAGUGACGCUGAGGCUCCGCCGGUGGAGAAAGUCGCAGCUGUUUGAUUCCUCGAGUGUGACUUUCAGUGGAGUUCCGGUCUCGCAGUUUGUGGGGCUCGAUGGAGUCAGAGCUUUUCUUCACUCCUACUCACAUGAGUUUUCUCUCACCACGGACUCCAGAAAGAGCCAGUUCAACGUUGCCAAAUCAAACUAUUCAAAUACUCUGACUAGUCAGCAGACUUACGAGAUAAAGAAUCCUAUUCUAAUGACUGAAGAGUUAUGCAUUAAUAACGGGGAUCAGACCUCUGUUAAGUGCCGCUGUUGGCCAAUGCGGAGCCAGGGCUGGAGCCGGAGAUCCACCGGAGCCUCCUGCAGUGCGAUUACUCUGUCACACAGCGCAGAUGGGAGAGGAAACAGCAGAAAGACCUUCACAGUCCGGCUGAGAAAAAGGAACCGCCACAGAGCGCUCUGUACACCUGAGAAGACAAUCGGGACUCCAUUUGCACUGCGUGAUCGCACAUUUCUUCAACCUGAAGGGAUUAAUGAAAACAAAGAAGACAGCAAGAAUAGUGCAGUUCUGACAGGGACCGGGAUGGAAAUCAGACACAGAGAGCCGGGCUGGGCAGUGACACGGCAAGUACUGUUGUUUCCCUUCUUAUUGUCUUUGUUCUGCGGGGCGGUCUCGGAGCAGAUUCGUUAUUCGAUUCCCGAGGAAAUGGCGAAAGGUUCCCUUGUGGGGAAUCUCGCCAAGGAUUUGGGGCUGAGUGUGAGAGAACUGCCCAACCGGAAGCUCCGUGUUGUCUCAGCAGCUAAAAAGCAAUACUUCAGCGUGAAUGGGGAAAGUGGAAACGUCUAUGUGAAUGACAGGAUAGACCGGGAGGAGAUAUGCGGGACUUCUCAACUCUGCGUCAUAAAUUUCGAAACUGUGCUGGAAAAUCCCUUCAAUGUUUUCCACAUAAAUGUCGGGGUCCAGGACAUUAACGAUAAUACCCCGCGUUUUGUAAAAGAUAAUAUCAAACUAGAGAUGAUUGAAUCUACUUUACUAGGUGCCCGUUUUCUCCUGGGAAAUGCUGAAGAUCCUGACGUUGGGAUGAAUUCUUUGCAGAGUUAUCAGCUGAGCCCCAAUCAGUAUUUCAUCCUGGAAGUUAAAGAGAGCCGGGAUGGCAAUAAAUAUGUAGAUUUAGUGCUGCAGAAACCCCUAGAUCGAGAAAGCCAGCGCAGCCUUCACUUGAUUCUCACGGCUGUGGAUGGGGGAGAGCCGCAGAGAACUGGGACCGCCCAGAUAUGGAUUAAUGUCACCGACGCCAAUGACAACCUCCCCGUCUUCACUCAAGAGCUCUACAAAGUCAGCCUGAGGGAAAAUGCACCUGCGGGCUCCUUAGUGCUUCAGGUUAAAGCCACCGACAACGAUACAGGUUCAAAUGCUCAGAUCUGCUACGUCUUCAGCAACAUUCCAGAAAAGGCCCUUCAGAAAUUCAGUCUGGACCCAGAAACCGGGAAAAUUACAGUAAAGGAGCCUUUGGACUUUGAGGAGUCACGUGACUACACCCUGGCAGUAGAAGCAAAGGAUGGAGGCGGACUAGUGUCACACUGCAAAGUGGAGAUCGAGGUUCUUGAUGAGAACGACAGUGCCCCCGAAAUGACACUUACAUCCAUCGCCAAUCCAGUCCCAGAAGACUCACUGCCCGGAACAGUGAUAGCUCUGAUCAAUGUUAAAGAUCAAGAUUCUGAAGAUAAUGGAAAGGUCUCCUGCCAUUUGCAGGAUGAUUUGCCAUUUAAGAUAAUUUCAUCUUCUAAUAACUACUACAAACUCGUUACAGACAGCACCUUGGACAGGGAAAGGACCUCGGAGUACAGUAUCACAAUCACAGCCACAGACAAAGGCUCUCCCCCGCUCUCCACCCAGAAAACCAUCCUGUUGCAGAUCUCGGAUAUCAAUGACAACGCCCCUGUCUUUGAGAAACCUUCCUACACCGCCUAUGUGCCAGAGAACAAUCCCUCGGGGGCCUCUAUUUUCAGUGUAAAAGCCUCAGACCGGGAUCUGGACCGGAACGCCCGAGUCACUUACUCCAUCCUGAGCAGCAACCUCGAGGAGGUGCCUCUCUCCUCCUACAUCUCCAUUAACUCCCAGACCGGAGCUAUCUAUGCGCAGCGCUCCUUCGACUACGAGCAAUUCCGGGAGUUUGAAGUGCAAGUGCAGGCCCAAGACGGCGGGUCCCCGCCUCUCAGCAGCAAUGUCACCGUCAGGGUGUUUAUUCUGGAUCAGAAUGAUAACGCCCCUCGCAUCCUGUACCCUUCCGUGGGAGCCGAUGGCUCCGCCUUGUUCGAGAUGGUCCCUCGCUCGGCCGAGGCAGGUUAUCUGGUGACUAAGGUGGUGGCGGUGGAUGCUGACUCAGGGCACAAUGCCUGGCUCUCCUACCAUCUGCUCCAGGCCACGGAACCGACGCUGUUCAGCAUGGGGCUGCACACCGGGGAGAUCCGGACAGCCCGCGCCUUUGCGGACAGAGAUGCUGUGAAGCACAGGCUGGUCACCCUGGUGAAGGAUAACGGGCAGCCGCCUCUGUCAGCCACAGUGACUCUCAACCUGGUGUUUGCCGAGAACUUCCAAGAGGCUCUUCCGGAAAUGAGUGAUCAGUCGGGUGAUUCCACAUCUCAGUCUGAUUUACAAUUUUACUUGGUGUUGACUUUAGCCUUGAUCUCAUUUUUAUUCCUCCUGACUGUUGCACUCGUCAUUCUGGUGAAAUUGCGAAGUUCAAGGAAACCUAAAUUACUUCAGUGUUUUGGUCCUGACUCUUAUUCAGAGGCUAGCCAUACGUUCCCACUGAGCUACGAUGAUGGAACUUUGCCUUAUUCGUAUCAACUGUGUUUAUCCUCAGAUUUCAAGAAGAAGCCUAAUGUCCAGAUAGCAGAGAAUAUUCUGUGCAGUGACAGCUCUGGGAUGCUAUUUCUGGGCAAUGGAAGUAACAUAUUACAGGCUGAGGAAACUGCUGGGGAGCAAGCUCAGCCUAACCCGGACUGGCGUUUCUCUCAGGCCCAGAGACCUGGAACCAGUGGCUCUCAGAAUGGAGAAGAAGGUGGAGCUUGGCCAAACAACCAGUUUGAUACGGAAAUGCUUCAAGCCAUGAUUCUGGCAUCAGCAAAUGAAGCAGCUGAUGGGAACUCUACACUUGGAGGAGGAGCUGGCACUAUGGGCCUCAGCACCAGGUAUGGCCCCCAGUUCACACUGCAGCAUGUCCCUGACUACAGGCAGAAUGUGUACAUCCCUGGCAGCACUGCCACCCUUUCCAACUCCUCAGGUAAACGAGAUGGAAAGAGCUCAGGAUCUUCAGGUGGAAACAAGAAGAAGUCUGGGAAGAAGGAGAAGAAGUAGAAUUGACAGACCAUCAGCAGCUUAGACCUACAGGACAGACCCCUCCAGCACUCCCCCAAAUCACAGCCUAGGAUAGAGGACGAAUGUGAAUUUUGUGAUGAAAAAGCAGGAAAUACUAUGAAUGUAUGUCAUCAUCAGAGCUAGGAGUAGGGGCUCCUACUAUUAGUCUUCGUGAUGAAAAAUAAUUGGAAACAAAACAAAA